CUGUCGGCUCCACUGUUUGCUUGCUUGCUUGUUGUCGGGAAAAAAUAACCGUCGUUUUGUUGCUCCGAAGUGAACGGAGAUUAUCGUUUUUCCACUGUUCCUCAUUGAUUGAAUGUUUGUUGUUUGCGAUUCCGGCAGAUUGUGAUAGUCCCGGUUCGGUCAGUUAUUCUACCUACCGAUGCGUUUUACGGUUUUGUUACCCCGAAAACAAAUGGAAAACUGUCGGUGCUGAACAGCCAAAGUCAACGACGUCGCAUCACAAGGCUGGCGCUUCGCAAGUCUGCUUAUACAAAAGGGUGUGUACUGGUCCGGUUAAUGAAACAAGAUGACGAUGGAACUAUCAAUUAUAGCGCAGUUUGAUGAGUUGCGGCGCUGCUCGGAUGUUUUGCGAGAAGGAACCGCCGAAAUGGAAUUUUUGAAAUUCGUUCAGCUACAGGACGAAUGUCGGCUCCAAUGGUUGAAGGCAGUUCAGGAAGCCCAGCGGUUACAACGAGAGCUGGAUGUAGCUCUACGGGGGAUGUCCGAUUUGGAAUCAAAGCUCUUUCACGCUAGGAAGCUGCUGGAAGAGGAGAAUAAAGCAAGGCGCCAUGCCGAACAUGAAAGGGAAGCAAUGAUUUCAUGUUCUCAGGAGAAAAAAAUGGUUGCGGUUUGCGAUAUUGUUCGAAACGAACAGGACAUCAAAGAUGAGACCAAGGAACGGUUAGCCUUCAUGAAUGCAUAUUCGUACAAACGAAAAUCCACGCACAAUCGUAGCGAUAAAUACGGAAACAACGAUAUCAAUUCAACGGGAUCAUUCCUGUCGGAUCUGUCUGUGACACAAUCGGAGGAUGAUUUCCUCAACUCGAAGAUAUCUCGUCACUCUGGCUUGAGACCUCAUCGACCAUCAAACAACAAUGCAUCCGGGGCGUUCUAUGUUGGGAAUAAGCGAACCCGACUCAGUCAUGACGCUUCAAAGAGAAGGAGUGUCAACCAAGAAAGUAGAAAGGUGAUCGAGUUGGAUACGAACGACAAAAUAAUUGCACAUACGAAAGUGUCCGUGCCGCAGGACGAUGGUCCCAUUCUGGCAGAGUCCAUCAUUCAAGCCGUCCCCUCGCAUCAGUCAACGACAUUCGAUUUGAUGUCGAAGCCUUCCAUCAUUCUCCCGAAAGCAACGCCCAAGAAGGAUUGCAACUCAAAAGAAAAUGUCUCGCCAAACGAGUUCAAAACUCCAACACAAGCGGAGAAAAAAUUCUCCAAGAUGAAUUUAUUCACGCCAUCGGCGCCUCCUGUCGAAGAAGUAGAAUCGAAUGGUUUCAAACGAAACACGAUGACACCGUCCGUGAAACGGAGUUUUAUGCGGCAGCAUGCCUUUACCGGUAAAAUGCAUGCUUUCCUGAAGUCCGAAACGUGCGCCCAUUGCCAGCAAAGAAUACGUUUCGGUUCGGUUGGGCUGCGUUGCCGUGACUGCAAGGUUGUGGUACAUGCAGAUUGUCGCGAUCAGCUUUCGAUUGCGUGUGUUCCGCAGAGCGGUGGAACUCCCGGAUCCAAGGGAAAAUUUACUGGCUACUUGUCGGACUACACUCCCAACAUCGGCCCAAUGAUUCCGGGGUUGAUCGUGCAUUGUGUAAAUGAAAUCGAAACACGCGGUCUAGGCGAAGAGGGUAUCUACAGAAUUCCCGGCUCGGAGCGAGAAGUUCGAGCGCUGAAGGAGAAAUUCCUCAGCGGUAAAACCGUUCCAAAUCUGACCGCGGUGGAUAUUAACGUACUGUGCGGAUGUGUGAAGGAUUUUUUGCGAUCGUUGCGAGAACCUCUGAUUCCGACGGCUCUGUGGAAUACGUUCUCCAAUGCGGUCCAAGCCACCUCCAUCAACCAGGUGCAGAAGGAGUUGUAUGAUGCAAUCGACAGGCUACCGCAACCGAAUCGCGACACACUGGCUUAUCUGGUGCAGCACUUCCAGCGGAUUGCCGAGUGCAAAGUAGUUAAAAUGUCGCUGAACAACUUGGCUCGGGUGUUCGCUCCAACGAUUGUGGGAUACUCGAGCGAGAAUGUGGAUAAUCAUGCGAUGUUUGCCGAAACGGUCAUCCAGGUGAAUGUUCUUAUGGGUUUGUUCAAUAUCCCAACCGACUACUGGUCCCAGUUUGUAAACGUUGAACCGGAAUCGGAACGAGAAGAUGAUCCACAUCAGCAGAAACCGUACAAUACUCUGAACGCCAAAAGCUAUAUGGGUACGCCGUUGUUAAAAAGUGGGCGUAAGGAACGGAAAUUCUACGCUACGCCCCCGUACCCAUCGUCGAAGAAGAAAUGAUCCUUACUAACUUCGUUGAGGUACAACAAAAGUGGUACUUAUAUGGUUAACAACGCGCGUAAGUGAGAACGUCUCUGUUUAUCUUGAAUGUCCUUUUAUUUUAGUUUUCUUUUUGUCCACCGUUUACCUAUAAAUCAGUAAUUUAACAAUAACGGUACCUGGUACUUUAUGAAUGUUUGUAAACCGCAGACUCUGAAGAACGGUGUCCACACCGAUUCAUCUAAUUUUAUUCAAUCCAUAACGUGCUUUUAAAUACGGCUCAUAUCUACUGAAAAAAAAGGAAAGUCGAAGCCUGGACAUUGUUGCUUUUUUAUUGAUGGUAUAUUAUUUUUAGCAAUAAAUAUAUGUGUAAAUAUCAUUGCAAUAAGUUGACAA